AUGUUCAAGGGGCUAAAGUCAAAACUUGAGGAUGAGGCCAAGAAGCUUCAAGCGACCGUACAGUCUACUGUAGCACAAUAUGGAGACUCGCUCUCACAACAAGUCGCUAAUAUUCGAGCGCCAGGCAGUGACGCCGGAAGUGAAGCCUCAGCCAGUAUCAGCCGCCGAUUCUUCGGAGGUACCUCCAGAGCCGAUGACGACCAUGCGACACCCAACCACUCGGUUGGUGGGGCAUUGAUGGAAGAGGUGUCGGAAGGAGACCUGCUCGGGCUCGAUCUACCAAGAAGAGAAAGGACACUGUCUGGAGGAUCUAACCAUUCUAAUGAGAGCUCUUUCUCUACCCUGUUCUCGAGUGUACCAGGAAUGGCAGCUUCUGCCCUAGAAGUGAUAGAUUCCGAUCAAGAAUCUACUAUGGAUGGGCAGAGCUCCUCUGUGGUUAGCAGUGCAUCGAAAGAACAGAUUUCCUCGAUCCUGAAAAAACUGCAGGGAAGAGCGGGAAAUUAUAAGGCUCGAUAUCGCGAUCUUGUCAAGCAGUACAACGAAGUUGUCACUGAAAAUAACAAUUGCCGGACGGUAUUGGCGCAGACGCAAGACAAGGCGCUGGAUACCAUCAAAAAGCUCCGAACCGACAAGAAGACGUUGGCAGAGAAGCUGAAAGGAGAGGUCGAUCAAGCUGGCGAGACCCAAAAACGGCUCGUGAAAUAUGAGGAUAUGCUGAAGAAAUGCACAGAAGAGAUCAAGAGGAAUCGAGCGAAGAUUGCGGAGCUCAGUGAAGGAGGGGAGAAGCUGAUUACAGUCGAUGGAGAAACUGGCGAAAACAAGUCCGCAAACGAAUGGAAGAGUCGGAUAAAUGAAAUUGAGGAGAGCUGGACAGAGAGGGUCAAUAAGAUGGAAGCCGACGCAGCUAUCACGCUUGCUCAAUCAAAAGCUGAUAUGCAUGUAGCGCUCGAAAAUAAGGACCGCGAAGUGGAAUUGCUGAGGUCAAAGUGCAAAACCCUUGAAAUCCAAGAUGGGCAGGCGAAUGAGAGAUGGCAAAAGAAGGUUGACGAGCUGAAGGGCGUAAUUUCUUCCCUUGAAAUAGAAAAAUCAGAAAUGGUGGAGAAGUUGAGUGAAGCAAAGGUCCAGGGAGUGAAAGCUGUGCGGGACGAGGAAGAAGCUUUGAGAAAAGAGCUGGAGGAGAAGCUGGAAGAACUGAAGACAUCAAGUGAGAAGGAGGCAGCUGAUCUCAAGGCAGAACUUGCAAAUUUGAAAGAAUCCGCUUCACUAAUUGAUAUCGCUCCAAAUGAAGAUGCUAUUCGAGAAAAGCUUACACAGGAAUUCGACGCUACACGGGAACAACUGGAAGAGAAGUUCAAACAGCAGAUCGGUGAACUAGAAGCACAAAACCAAGAGCUCCAACAACGCCACGAAUCACUUGAAAAUGAACACAAAGAUUUGAUCUCUCAACUCCAGCAGCAACUGGACGCGGAGAAGAAGAAUUUCGCCGAAAAAUCUGCUGAAUUCCAAGCUUCGGAACAGCAAUGGAAAGAAGAAAGGGAACGUCAUGCUCAGGGAGCAAAAUUGGAGGAAGAAGCUUUGAAGAUCCAGCUACAGAAGCUAGAGAAAGUUCGGGAGACGCAUGAGAGUAAUGCUGCCAACUUGGAGGCGGAGCUCGAGAAGCUGCGUCAAUCAGCAGCUGAGGCAGCCCUUGCGCCAUCCGAGGACAAUAUUCGAGAAAAGGUUGAGCACGAAUUUGAGGAAAAGAUUCAAUCCUUGGAGGAGAAGCAUCAGUUGGCAAUUGACGAGCUUAAGAAAUUACUAGCUGAGCGUGAAGAAUCCGAGCUCAAAUUCAAAGCUGAGCAGGAGAAACUUAUCGAAGAUUUGAAAGAGGAACAAGAGACAAACAGGGGAAAAAACGCAGAGCGACUCCAAGCCAUUGAAGCUCGAGAAGAGGCUUUGAAGCAGAAGAUUGCGCAGCUUACGGAAGAGAAAGAAACUGUAGAAAAACAGCAAAGGGAGGAGCAACAGCAGGCUGCGGAGUUGAGGUCAAAGUUGGAGAAGGAGUUCCGGGAGGCAAAGAAUUCGAUAGAGUUGCUGAUGGUGAAGAGCGAUGCCCUCCACGAAGAAAAAGACGAGGUCGAAAACCUGAGGAGAAUGCUCCAAGAAAAGCAAACUAAGAUCAACGAGCUAGAAGAUGACCGGGAAAAGCUGAGAAAAAUGCACGCUGCGCUGACGCAGGAGCUUGAGGACGCCAAGAAACAAAAGGAAAUCGUUGACGAGAAAAUUCACGACUUGGGAGCGAGCCUGGAAAAUGCGCAGCGAGAAUUGGAUGAAGAAAAAGCCAGACUAGCAGAAGAAAAGCGGAAGUUUGAGGAGAAAGAUGAAUACGCAUCGGAGAGAGAUCAACAAUUGGAGGAUAAGCUACAAGCCCUCGACCAAUCUGGCGAGCAGAUCCGGAAGCUGGAAGCGGAAAUCGUUAAUCGUGACGCUAAAAUAGCAGAAUUACAAGCAGCUCAAGGGGAGCGAGAAGCUUUUGAAUCCGACUUUGCGGGACAGAAGCAAGCCCUUCAGAAGAAACUGGAAGAAGCUGAAGAAAAGCGGAAAGAAAUGAGCUCCACGCUUAAAGCUGAAAUCGAUAGCUUGCGAACGGAAUCGAUGGAAAAAGAUCAAGAACUAGAAAAGUUGAGAAGGAGCAAAGAAGAGCUGAGAAGUGAAUUAGAAAAUGCUAAAUUGGAUCAUGAGCGGCAGAUGGACGAAGAUUCGGAAGAUAAGGGGCUGCUAGUUCGCCAGCUGCAUGAUUUUGGGGCUCAACAACAGGCAUCCGCGAGGAAAAUUGAUGAGUUAGAAGCUGAAAAGACGGACCUAGCGAAAGAACUAGAAGCGCAUAAAAUCGAAAUAGAGAAACUGAAAUCUAACCAAGGUGAAGGAGAAGCCCUGGCUCAAAAAAUUGAAAAACUCGAAGGCGAACUCGAAGCGUCUGCCUGGAAAGUCGACGAGUUAGAAGUUGAAAAAACGGAUCUAGCAAAAGAGUUGGAAGCUAAUAAGAUCGAACUAGAGGGACUAAAAUCAAGCCAAGAAAAAGCGGAAGCUCUUGCUCAAAAGAAUCAAGAACUUGAAGCUGAACUACAAACUCUAGGCGAAAAACUGCAAAGCCAAGAGACGGCUCAACUACAAAAAAGCGAGAAUCAGGGGCAAGCAACGAGGGUUCGCGAACUCGAGGAACUAGGCGACAGAAUGCGCGCAGAGUUUCUGCACAAGGAAACGAUGCUGACCUCUUUGAGAGCGGAAAUUGAGCAGCUGCGCGGUCAAGUUCCAGCUGGAGAACAAGCACAAAUUCAAGUGGAAAAAUUGAAGGAAAAACUGCACGAAUUUGAGCACGAAUCGAACGAAUUGAAAGCUAAACUUGAAGAAAAAGCUCGAAAAUUACAAGAAGCGGAAGAAACCCUGAAAGCCAAAGAGGAUUCUCAUCAAUCAGAGAAAAAUGAGGAAGAAAAGAUACGACAGCAAUACUCCACCGCCCUCGAGACCCUACGUGAAAAUGAAGGACGAACCGAAGAACGAGCGCGACAUGCCGAAUCUGAGCUCCAACAGCUUAAGACCCAACUCUCCUCACUUACCACAGAAUACAGCGACUACCGCAGUAAACAAGAACAGGAACAAGCCGAACUGGUUUCCGACCAGAAAAAGAAGGCUGAAGCGGAACUGGCUAGGCUGAAAAACACCUUCAGUGAAGAGGCAGCGGCCAAUAAAUCACAGCUCUUGCUCAAGGUGGAUGAGCUCAACAAUGAGUUGACCGAGAAGGAGAAGAAGCUCGUCGAGUUUAGGAUCGAGAAAGCGAAGCUUGAGCAACAACUCAGUGGCGAGGGUGAGCUUCGACAAGAGUUGGCAGAGGAGCGGGAGAAAGCUGAAAAGCUGAAUUCUCAAAUCAAAUCGCUGUCCUCAAAGCUGGAAGAAGCCGGGAGAUAUGAGAACGAGGUGCAGAGCUUGAAGUCGGAGAAAGAGAGCUUGGCCUUAGAAAAGGAGGAGCUGGCAGCAAAGGUGUCUGCGCUAGAGGACGAAAAAGCUGAAGUCAACAAGAAAGUAGCUGCCAAGCAAGACCUGGAGUCGAAAAAGGUCGUCCGUGAGCUCCAACGCGAAGUGAAGCAACUCUACGAAGACGUCACCAAAAAGAGCUCUGCACUUGAUGAAGCCAAGGCAAAAGUGAAGGAGCUUGAGGACAAGUUGAAAGACCUCGAAGCUUCUGCCAGCACUUCGCAGAAGCCAGCCACAAACGGAGAUAAUUACGCUGAGGAAGAGCUGAUUCAGCUUCGAUCUCGGUUGAAUGAGGCUCAUCGAGAAAUUGAUGGGUUGCGGGAGAAUCGGAGCAAGAAAAUAAUCCACCAUCACGAGAGUAUGGAAGAGGGUUUUGCGCAGCCGACAGAAGCUGAGUACCUACGAAAUGUACUUUAUCGAUAUAUGAACGAACGGGAGACACUUGGAAAGGAGGUCGUUACCCUUGCCCGAGUCAUCGGCACCGUCGCCCGCUUUUCCAAGACACAACUUGAUGACGUUGUGGCAAAAGAAGAGGGCCGCAUCGCCUCUUGGGGGCAAGCCCUCGCCGGUGUCACUGGUGCAAAACAU